AUGGCGCCCACCGAACUCCACCCCGGCACCAAGGGCUUCGCGGACGCGGCCACCUACGACGCUUACCGGCCCUCGUACCCGCCCGAGGCGGUGCAGCGGUUCCUGACGCACCUCCGGAUCGCCGACUUCGCGCACGCCAACGUGCUGGACCUGGCGGCCGGCACGGGGAAGCUGACGGAGGUGCUGGCGGCGCGGCACGAGGGGUUCGAGAUCGCGGCCGUCGAGCCCCACGCCGAGAUGCGCGCGGAGCUCGAGAGGAAGGCGUUGAGGGGCACGAGGGUCCUCGACGGGUUCGCGGCGAAGGUGCCGUUGGAGGAGGAGUGGGGCGAUGCGUGUGUCGUCGGGCAGGCUUUCCACUGGUUCGCGAACGAGGACGCUCUGAAGGAGAUCCACCGCGUCUUGAAACCGACGGCCGUCCUGGGCUUGAUCUGGAACAUUGAAGACUACAACAAGCCGAAGCACUGGGAAGCCAGCACGCCGUGGGAACAGUCCCUCAACGAGCUCGUCUUCACGCUCGGCGGCGACGGGCAGCCGCGGUUCCGCGACUUCGUCUGGAAGGACGCCUUCGACCGGCAGCUCGACUCCAACCCGCUCCGGGCCGUGGCCGGCGUGGUCCUCGAGGGCGGGCGCAAGAUGCCCCUCUUCAGCGUGCCGGUGGGCGAGGAGAAGGUGCCGUUCACGGUCUGGCUGACGCCCGAGGCGGUGUGGAACCGGCUGAGGACGCUGAGCCAGGUGGCGGUGCUGGAGGGGGAGAGGGCGAGGGGGUUUAAGGCGAGGUUCGAUGAGAUUCUGGCGGGGGAGACGGUGGAGAGGAAUGAGAAGGGGGAGGUCGCGUUGCACGGCGUCACGUAUUUUGCGUGGACUUCGAGGUUGUAG